AUGGAGGGUUGCCAGCAGAGGCACGGGGAAAAUGAUGGCCGACCACAAGCAUCCAGCUGUCCUAGUCCCCUGGACUGUGCCCUUCGCCGUCGCAACCAUUGUCCCACUGGGUCACAGGACUGCGGUCCCUGCCUUUCUGGCUACCGAGAGGAUGGUGAGGAGAAGUGUGCACUGACAGAACACCAGAGGCACGAUGUGGUGAAAGAAGCUGCCAAAGUCGAUGGCCUACUCCAAUCCCUGUUGGCCCAGUGGGAGAAGACUUCGCCCCAGAGUUCAAGUCCAGGUUAUUGCCUUUCAACCAUAUCCACGCCCCCUGAACCACGCCCAGAGCCCACCGACACCAGCCUUGCUGCCAGCCUCCACAACCCACCGUCUGCCCACCAGCGCGCCACAGAGUCCCAGGCCACAGUGAAAACUACACCAGACACGCAUCCCGUGACAGGGAGGAAUGGGAGCAGGAGGCUGCCACGGCUGCUGAACGACGUGGUCUCAAUGGCUCUGAUUAUUAUCUGUGCGGUGACGGGUCUCUGCGGACUGCUCGUGGCUGCUUUAUGUUGGUACCGGUUGCAGAAGGAGGUGAGACUGGCGCAGAAGGUUGUCUAUGAAGGAUCACAGCAGCCGUUACCCCCGUUCAUUGACAGGAGGAUUGCAGAGAAGCUUCAGAGGACCCACUACCAGCACCAGAAGAAAGUCAUCCAGGCUUUGGGAGAGAGCAAACCCAAGGUGAAGCGGUAUCAGACGUACAUGGAAUUGGAGCUGGAUAAUGGAAAUGAGGAAUAUCUGGUGUACGAGUGUCCGGGUUUGGCGCCGACGGGAGAGAUGGAGAUUCACAACCCUCUGUUCGAUGCCUCUGUCCACCGUAGCAGCUCAUCCAUCCACCAGUAGGAGCUGGAUCUGUGAAAUUCACCAAUUUACAGAGAGCUGGAGGUUGACAGAACUUCCCUACAUUGUAACAUGAUCGGAGGUGGAAAGUCAGCGAUGGGGGUAUUGUCGUCCCUGACAAUAUGGACAUGUGAUUGGUUCCUCGUACCAUCUCCACCAUUCAGUAAAGUCACGGUUGAGUGGCUAUUUCAUCACCACAUAACUGCACUCUUUUUGGAUUCCUUAGUUCCCUAGAAAUGCACAAAGUCAAGGUUAAAGUUGGGACGUGAAAGUCAAGUUUAUUUUCAUCUGCACAGGUACAAUGAAAAACUCAACAUGCUGCAGCAUCGCAGACACAAAGUAUCAUCACAAAAACAAAUAAACAUAUAUUGUACACAAUUUCUAGCAGGAAUAACACAAUUAGAACAAACAGUCCAGCUUACUCAGUGACUGAGUAUCUGCAGAAUCACAUGGUUCCAAACAUAUGCUCAGAAUCAGCUUCAUUAUCACUGACAGAUGUUGUGGAAUUUGAUUUGUAACAGCAGGACAGCGCUAUAUAUAAAGCAUACAACAAAUUACAAUAAGGAAUAUAUAAAAAUUUAGUGUAAGAAGAGGGCAAAGAUAAUGAGGAACUGUUCGUGGGUUCAUGAACCAUUCAGAAAUCUGAUAGUGGAGGGGAAGAAUCUGUGCCUAAAACAUUGAUUGUAUGUCUUCAGGCCUCCUUCCCGACGGACAUGAUGUGAAGAGGGUAUGUCCUGGGUGGUGUAGCCCCAAUGAUGGAAGCUGCCUUCUUGAGGCAUCGCCUUUGUGAAAAUGUCCUCGACGGCGGGGCAACUACUGCCCAAGAUGGAGAUGGCAGAGGUUACAACUUUCUGCAGCUUUUUUCUGGUCCUGUGCAGUGGCCCCUCUACACCAAACGGUGAUGCAACCGGUUAGAAUGCUCUCCGCAGUACCUCUGUAGAAUUUACUAAGACCGAGUCUCCUCAAACUCCUAAUGAAGUAUAGCUGCUGGUACCCCUUUGUUGUAAUUGCAUCAAUAUGUUGUGUCCAGGAUUGAUCUUCAGAGUCACUGACACAUAAGAACUUGAAAUUUCUUACUCUUUCCACUUCUGCUCCCUCAAUGAGGACAGUUGCGCUAACCAAUGAGAGAGGAAAUUUCUCCUCACCGCAGUCUUAACUACACAGCCUUUAAGAUCACUGUCCUUAGUUCUAGGCUGUGCGUUCGAGCAAGACAGCAUCUCAGAGGCUCAAAGGUUCAUUUAUUAUCAAAGCACAGUUCUGAAAUUCUCCAGUUCUCCUGUUAACUGUGAAAACGAGAAAAAGAAAGGCAGCACGAUCAUCAAUCCCCAAAAAUUGGUUUCUGAGCUGGACGCUGUCCUGUUACAUUGCACUGAGAGUCUGCUUAUAGAGUAGGAACAUUACGCUGUGUAACUCUUCGUACAGGAGAGGCCACACUUGCUGUUGAAAUGUUGCUUGAUUUAAGCCUAAGCAAGAGAUGCUGGUGAUGGGAAUUUCGGUGACCAAGCUCAAUGCAGUUCAUAAUAAAAGUCCAUGAUUUCGCUGGCCUCUGUGACAGUGGGUGCAUCUGCAAUUUCUGUGUGCAGGCUGUAUUGCAGCCUUCUGUACAUGCAUUACUGCAGUGGAGUAGGCAGGUGCUUUUGAUACUUCCCCCGUGCCCUACUCUCAA